GAUCGAUACAAUCGAUACGUUCGACUCCGACGCUGCGCUCGGUAUGAUUAAUCCGGCAACCACGCUCGGAUUAUAUAUCGAACGGGGAAUAAUCGAUAUUAAGGAAGCAGCGGUUCCGUCGCUGGCUCUUUACCGUGUUGCGAAAGUAACGUCUCCUUAACCCGUUCAGUUGGCAAUUCAUCGAUUUCGAUCGGAUCGGCGCCGUCAAACGAGACCGUUAUGCAACUAGAUUGCUAGUCAAAACUGUUGGUAAGAUAUAGACACAUGUAAACAAUACUUUUCUCUCGUCUACGUUUUUUCCAAGUUAUUAUGCAGACAAUGUGUUCUUUCGUAAUGGUGGGCUGAUUUUCGGUACUUUCUAUUUUUUAAUAAAUUUGGGGUUUUCACCAUGAUCUAGAAUUUUAGCUAUAUCAAAGAACUCUGUAUUAUGCAUUUGUUUUUGUAUUAGUGAUUUUUCAUUUUUUCAAUUACUCUUAGGGCGAUUGAAAAGAAAUUUUAUUUCGGAUUUAGUUGCGUACAUGUAGAUAUGAUAUAAAUAUGACAUAAAUGUAAUAUAAGAUAAAAUUUUAGAUUUAUCAAUGCGAAUAUGUACGAGUACAAAUGUUGUUCAGCAAUCACAAAACGAUCGUGUUAUCCUUUUACGGAAUUCCUCGACACAGUUGAUCUCUUCGUCCUGCGCAGAAUGUAAUAAUUGUUACGUCGAAAGUGAAAUAUUUCCAUUUCUUAUGUUCAUAUUCAGCUCGCAAAAAUUAAUUGGUGCCGAUAGAAAUCUGUGACAAGAAUGAAAGAAAUUUAGGUAGUAAACUUUCAUUUCGAAUAAUGAGUAUAAUUAAUUGAAUAAUUUCGUUGAAACAAACUUCAAACUAGAUUUAUUCGUUCAUUCCUUUCAAAAAGCAAUUUAUUCGGUCCCUUUGUGAAAAUUUUGAUUUCGAUUCGAUUUUACGAUCCAUGUUCGAUUGAUUCGUACAUCUUUUUAUUUGUCAGUCGAAAUAACUUUUGCCCAAUACUGAAUCGGGAACGAAAGCGAGAAACUAUCGUUGCAGAAAGAAGUUCGGUGAACGGUGAAAUAUUUUCAUAUUACUCGGCUGUUUUGUAAUAAACGUUCGACCGUUAUUCAGCCGUCUACAAAUUGAUUGGCUUCUUAUCGAGUGUCACGUUAGCGAUGCUUGAUUUGUCCCUGUACUUUCCGUGUCUCGAGUAAAUAACGUUAAUUUAUUUCACAGCUAAUUACUCCGUAGAUGAAGAAAAACGCUGACUGUUCCUAGCCGUUUGGAAAAAGCGUAUUAAUGCAAUCAAUAUUUGCCACUUAACGUCUCUAUCCUACUCGGAAAAGUAAUCUCUGUCAAGAAUAUAUGAACAACAAUACGAGACUUGGAAAGCUAUACGACAAUGCUAUAAACAAUGCUAUAAACAAAAUGAUGACGAAUGAGUUUCAAUAAUUUGUUGUUUAUAGCUAAUUGUUUAUAGCGUAUUUUUUUACUUGCGACGUAUAGUAGAGUCAUUCAUAAUUUGAAAUUUGCAGGAAAGUACAAAUAAAUUUCUUUCUUUGCUUAAUUUUAUUUCAAUUUGAUUUAAGUAUAUAGUUUUUUUUCCGAAAAAAAGUUAUUUAAAUCUGAUGUAUAUUGUGCGUAUCUAUCUUAAGAAAUUUUCAAAAAAAUUCCAAGUAUCGGUAGGCUUACAUUACGAUAUUUAUCUAGAUAAUCUGACUAUAUAUUUCAGUUCUAUAGCAACUUUAGAUUUUAUUACGAAAAAUAGAUUAAAUAAAACAAAGAAGAACUGGAAUAACCAGCGGACGAAUAAACAAAUAAACAAAUAUGGGAUUGAAAUCAAAUAACGAACGAAUGAACAAAUAAAAUUUUAUUCCCAAUAAAAGUUUAUUCGAACAACACUCAGCGGUGAUGUGUAGUACCAGAGAGCAACGAUUCCACCGAACGAAAGCGGUUACGUAUGAAACGCGACUAUGACGGUAGGUAUAUAAGCUUUGCUUUAAAGCGAUGUGAUCAGUCGAUAGCACUCGUUGGUCUACAAAGCAACCAACAUGGCGAAGAGUUUAUGGCCGUAUCUCGGCUUAGCCGUGAUCUGUACGUUUAUCUCCUUAUCCAUGGCGAGGGAGCUGAGGAAUAAAAGAGACCUCGAAAUGUCAGCAAGCCACCAUGGUCACCAUCAUGAGGAAGGCGGUGGUCACGACCAUCAUGGACACCAUCAUGAUGAACAUGGUGAAAAGGGUGAAAAAGGGUACAAACAUGAGCAUCAUCAUGACAAAGGUGAUCAUGGUCAUUAUGGUAAGGAUCACGAUGAAGGUCAUCACGAAGAACAUGGUGGUCACAAAAAGGGGCACCAUGAUGAGCACGAAGAGCACGGGCACCAUCAUGAGCAUGGUGAUGAGCACAAGGGUUCAAAAUAUGGACACAAAAAGGGUCAUAAGAAAGGUGAGAAGACCCAUGGUUAUCAUCACAAAGCCCAUAAGGAUGAAUAUCACAAAGAGCACAAAUUCUAUGAUGACUACCACAAGGGAGGUCAUCAUGAGAAACAUGGUGAUCAUUAUGGACACCAUGAGAGUAAAGAUGGACAUCACAAGAAGGGUGGUCAUCAUCAUUCUGGACAUCAUGAGGACCAUCAUGGAAAGAAGGGUCACUUUGAUAAGGGGCAUUACGACGAUGAUCAUAAAGGUUACCAUGGAAAACAUGGACACGAUGAUCAUUACUCGCAUCACGAGGAUUAUGGGAAGAAGGAGGAGCACCAUGGAGGAAAGAAACAUGGAUAUUCGAGUGGCGGUGGCGGCGGUGGUGGCGGCGGCCAUGGAGGUGGCGGUGGUGGCGGCGGCCAUGGUGGCGGCGGUCACGGUGGCGGUGGAGGUGGCGGUGGACAUGGUGGACACCAUUAAAAGAAGCAGCAAAUGCAAUGAAAUUUUCUUAUAUUUGUUGUCUCAAUUGUUUUUUACUACAUCGUUGAUUAAUUUUAGACAUUGAAAUGUGAAUCGUCAUGUUUUGUUUUAAUAAUAAAAACCAUCCCUUAACGAUUAAAUUUUCUCCCUUUAUUCUUUGGAAUAUAUUCCUUCAUACCUUUUGUAUAAUUUUAUGUCUUUAAGGUUUUGAAUUUGUUUUCUAUCUGAACAGAUUAUAAAAAAAGCGAUUAAUUAAAAGGAAUUCAAUAGUAAGAGUAAGUAAAAGUAGCAGGACAGUGUAUACAACUGAAUUUCGGGAAAUAAUGAUUUUGCAUUAGUCUAUAUCUCAUGUAGAAAAUUGAUAAAAAUUUUCGUUAUAUCGAUUAUCGUAAAUUUUGUCACGAAUUAUUGAUUUGUUCUCAUAACUCAAUCUCAUUGAAACAUGAACCUCGUAUCUUUACAAUCUCUCUCUACAUAUAUACCAGGAAAUGUAGAGAUCAGCUGAGGAAUCAAUAGGUUUCCACGAGAACAGUUACAAUGACUACGGAUUCCACGUAAUGCAAUCACACUUCGACUGCAACAACUAUGCUAUAGGAAACAAUGUAAAGCAAUCUAGGUUCCAGAAUUAAUAGCAGACGGGAUUGAUCUAGAUCCUUUUACAAAUGACGACAACAUUAAAUACCGAUAUCACGAAUCAAAAAUGUAUAUAUAGCGAUUUCUUUAACAAACCGAUUCCCUGACCUACUAAAUCGAAUUUCAAAUUUUUUGAUAUUGUUAUGAUUAAAGAGAUACAUAUACAUCAGGAAAAAUGCACUUUCUCUGUCUAUUUCUACCCUUCUCUGCUUUCUUCAUUUCUUCAAGGCGUACAGUAUUUCAAAAUAGCUGUUUGGCCAGAAAAGUCAUGAUUUCGAGCAUUUCCAGUUACUUAUUCUCUUAGUUUCUCCUCAAGUUUUUAAAUUCUUAAAGAUUUUGAAUUAUACUAAUAUUAUAUUAAUAUUAGCUACUAUAUAUAUACAAAUUAUUUAAAUGUGAUAUGAUAAUAUGUACACAGUAGUUAGUAACCUCUGCCAUCUUGAAGAAUGCUAUUCAUCGGUCGGUGUAUUUUCUCCUCGUAAAAGGUUGCAGUGAAUUAUUUCAUAGCCAUGAGCGUCAUAGACAAGGAUGCAUUCUUAACGAUCUAGAAACUCGAAGAAUUAAGUAACAGAAAAUGGUCAAAAUGAUCUUUUUCUCAAAAGUCAAGCAAUCGUUUUAAAACACUGCAUGACGCCAGCUUAAACAAUCUCUUAAACAAUAUAAUAUUAUACAGGGUGGUUGGUAACUGGUGGUACAAGCGGAAAAGGGGUGAUUCUACGCGAAAAAGAAGUCGAAAAUAUAGAAUAAAAAUUUUUCGUUUGAGGCUUUGUUUUCGAGAAAAUCGACUUUGAAUCUUCGCUCGGUAUGCGUGCACUUUAUCACGUCUCGUUAUAACGGAUCUCACUGUAGAUCGUUAUCUCGAUUGACGUUAAUUUUUAAAUUUUUAAAAUUUUUAAAUUUUUAAAUUUUUAAAUUUUUAAAUUUUUAAAAUUUUAAAUUUUUAAAUUUUUAAAUUUUUAAAUUUUUAAAUUUU